CCCGGUGACGUCGCGCAGUGGGCGUGUCUCCCGGCGCAGUGAUGGCGGCUCCCGCCGGGUGAAACAGCUGAGAGGGCGAGAGGGAGCUGCGGGCCGGACACGGACAGCCACCGCGGGGACAGGUAAAUGUUUAAUUUCCCAGCUUUGCUCUGAAAUUACCACAGCCAAGAAAAUCACGGCAAUAAAGUAUGACCUUUCUUACCGGGGAACAAACAAAGCGUGGAAAUCACAUCAUUUUACAGGAAUCAGACACGUAAAACGAUUAGUUUUCUGAGUUAUACGGAGGUGAUGCAGGAUUGGGAAGCUUUACUAUGUUCUGUGUUUACAAGGGAUUUACCACUCAUCGAGCACAAGAAGAGGAGAGCAUUGUGGUUAAAUUGGGAGAACAUAUCGCUCUGAAUAACAGCAUGGAAUGGAGAUAGUCCUACUGAAUCCUGUCCUGGAUUCUUCUUUCAUUGGCUGUCAUAAUUGUCUAUAAACCAUCGUGAAAAGUAAAGGACACAAGCCAUUGUAAGGGUAUUAACGUGUACGGGUGGAGUAACGUGAGCACUGAUAAAAUUACACUUGGGUGUAUCUGUCAUUUGCUCUGAUAGUAAUAUCUGUACCACGCCUGGUUGCUGGCUUCCUGCUGUCUGUGCACCGUGUCCUGGAUGGAGAUUAUUGCAUUAAGGCCUGCAUUACUCUGAGGCCUCUUUGGGAUAAAUACUACGGAGGACACGUGACAGAGACCUCGCUAGUCCUUUGAUUUUUGGGCAUGCAGAGAAGCUGAUCAUUUGGAAACCCAGAGAAUAGCUGUGUGAAGAUGGCUGGUGCAUCAGUGAAAGUUGCUGUCCGUGUCCGACCUUUUAACAGUCGGGAGACCUCGCAUGAUUCUAAAUGUGUGAUCCAGAUGCAGGGGAACUCGACCUGUAUCACAAACCCUAAGCAGCCCAAAGAUGCUCCCAAAAACUUCACUUUUGACUAUUCCUAUUGGUCCCACACUACGGAAGAGGAUUCUAACUUUGCUUCACAGAGACAGGUGUAUAAGGAUAUUGGAGAAGAGAUGCUCCUGCAUGCUUUCGAGGGCUACAAUGUCUGUAUUUUUGCCUACGGCCAGACUGGGGCUGGCAAAUCGUACACCAUGAUGGGGAAACCAGAACCUGAUCAGCAUGGCAUCAUCCCACAGUUAUGUGAAGAUUUAUUUGCCCGGGUGUGCAGUAAUCAGAGUCCAGACCUGUCGUUCUCAGUAGAGGUGAGCUACAUGGAGAUUUAUUGUGAGCGAGUUCGGGAUCUCCUGAGUCCAAAAAGCAAAGGAAACCUGCGAGUUCGGGAACACCCCAUAAUGGGGCCAUAUGUGGAGGAUUUAUCCAAGCUUGCAGUGACCUCGUACCACGAUAUCGCUGACCUCAUGGACUGCGGUAACAAGGCCAGGACAGUCGCAGCCACCAACAUGAAUGAGACCAGCAGCCGAUCCCACGCGGUGUUCACCAUCGUCUUCACGCAGAAGAGACAUGACGAAAUGACCAAUCUAGACACGGAGAAGGUCAGUAAAAUAAGCUUGGUGGAUUUAGCUGGGAGUGAAAGAGCUGACUCUUCAGGAGCUAAAGGGACGAGGCUUAAGGAAGGUGCCAACAUUAACAAGUCCCUCACCACCCUGGGCAAGGUGAUUUCUGCUCUGGCUGACAUGCAAAGUAAGAAGAGAAGAUCUGAUUUCAUCCCUUAUCGCGACUCUGCACUGACUUGGCUCCUCAAGGAGAAUUUAGGUGGGAACUCCCGCACAGCCAUGAUCGCUGCUCUCAGCCCGGCAGAUAUUAACUACGAAGAGACGCUCAGCACGCUCAGGUACGCGGAUCGUGCGAAGCAGAUAAAAUGUAAUGCCAUCAUAAAUGAAGAUCCGAACGCCCGGCUUAUUCGGGAGCUGAAGGAAGAGGUGGCCAGGCUGAGGCAACUGCUGUACAGUCAAGGACUAGCGGAUAUUGCUUUCGAUGACACUGCAGCUGUUCCUCAUUCCUUGCCACAGCCCCCUGUGCCCCUCUCCCCUCCCUCCUUGCCAGGACCCAUGCCACCAUCCCCUUCUCCAGCUAUGAAUGGCCAGUCCGAGCCCUUCUCAGAAGUGGAAGAUGGGGCUGACAUCUGCACAGAGGAGGCAAUGGAGAGGCUGCAGGAGACAGAGAAGAUCAUUGCUGAGCUGAAUGAGACCUGGGAAGAUAAACUACGGAAGACGGAAGCAAUCCGGAUGGAGAGAGAAUCGUUGCUGGCAGAAAUGGGUGUAGCUGUAAGAGAAGAUGGAGGAACAGUUGGAGUCUUCUCCCCCAAAAAGAUCCCUCAUCUGGUGAAUCUUAACGAAGAUCCUCUCAUGUCAGAGUGUUUGUUGUAUCAUAUAAAGGAGGGAAUCACACGGGUCGGUCAGGUCGAUGUUGACAUUAAACUAAGUGGCCAAUUUAUCAUGGAACAACACUGUUUAUUUCACUGCAAAACCAAUACCGACGGAGAAGUAAUUGUCAUUUUGGAGCCUUGUGAAGGAGCGGAGACAUAUGUGAACGGGAAGCAAGUAACACAGACCUUGGUUUUAAAAUCAGGUACUCGAAUUGUUAUGGGUAAAAACCACGUAUUUCGGUUCAAUCAUCCCGAACAAGCGCGUCUGGAGCGAGAGAGGAGCAGUAUCGCAGUUGAGAAUCAAGCAGAGACAGUUGACUGGAAUUUCGCUCAGCGUGAAUUGCUGGAGAAGCAGGGAAUAGACAUCAAACUGGAGAUGGAGAAACGGCUGCAGGAUUUGGAGUGUCAAUAUAAGAGAGAAAAGGAAGAAGCUGAUCUGACACUGGAACAGCAGAGAUUGUAUGGUGACUCGGACAGUGGAGAUGAUUCAGACAAGCGUUCUUGUGAAGAGAGCUGGCGGCUGAUAACUUCACUCCGAGAUAAAGUGCCUGCAGGUCGCGUGCAGAGCAUCGUCCGUCGCUGUGGUCUACCAAGCAGUGGCAAAAGACGGGAACCUAUCAAAGUCUACCAGAUUCCUCAAAGGCGUAGAUUAGGGAAAGACCCAAGGUGGUUGACGCUAGCAGACUUGAAGAUGCAAGCAGUGAAGGAGAUUUGUUAUGAAGUAGCCCUCAAUGACUUUAAACACAACAGGCAAGAGAUUGAGGCCAUGUCUGUCAUCAAGAUGAAGGAGCUGUGCCGCACCUACGGAAAGUGGGAUGGCAAUGAGAAGGAAUGGUGUCAGGCAGUUGCUCGGGAUGUUUGGGACACAGUGGGAGUAGGAGAAGACGAUGGAGGGGGCAAAGGUAGUGGUGGAGUUCAAGAUCUGAAGGCACACAUAGAUAAGCUGACCGAUAUUCUGCAGGAGGUAAAACUACAAAACAAUAUGAAGGAUGAAGAGAUACGAGCACUGAGAGACAGGAUGGUGAAGAUGGAACGAGUGAUGCCAAUUACACAGGAAGAAUGGACAGAAGAUUAUCCUGAUGACCAGUCCUUCCAAUGGUAUUCCAAUGAUGAUACGGACUCUUUGGAUGGUGGUAGGAAUGAAAGCUCCCCUGAGCGUUCACCCAAAGAGCAUCGUGUGUCUCAGCUGAUGGAGGACGAUGCAACUUUCCGUCGAGGGAGAAUGCGUUGGAUAAAGCAGGAACAGACCCGAAUACAGAAUCUUCAGCAACAACAAAUAACACGCUGUCUCAGACGACCCCCAGGCACUGGCAAGUUUAUCCCCCCAUUGGAGUGCAAGCUACGCUUUCCAUUUAAAAGCAACCCACAACACCGCUUCUCUUGGGCACCAGGUACCACAUAUGUGGUAGAGGAUGUGAACUGUGGCUGGCCAGAGGAACGGAAGGGUGUGGGGGAGGAGGAAAUUGAAAGGAGGAAUGGACGUCGUCAGAAACGGCAAAAUGAAAGUGACCAUUCUAGGCAACGAAGGAACUCGUUAGAUGGGGGCUCUAACAGAGGAAGGCGACCACCACAUCGGCAGAAUCGUCAAAAUGAUGAACGUCAGAUAGGAAAGGGAGGUCAAGGUAGGGAAAAUGAAAAUGGAGGCCAGAACACCCGUCACACAUCCUCUCCACAAGAACGGCCAUACAAAUACCACCCAUACACAGCACCCCCCAGGAUGCGCAGACAGAAUUCGGCCCCUGAUUUACGGGAUAGGGAGACACCAGUGUGAAGUGAUGAGGAUAUAAAGUAUGUAGCAAAUGUAAAGAGGAAGUGAAAAAGAAAGGAAUGGAGAUUAGGAGGAGGGAAACCUCUACUAAAUAGGUAAUGGAAGUAAGACGAGAUGCAAAGUGCAGAGCGAUGGAUUUUCUUUUUUGUUUAGUGUUACUCACUGAAGUAAAACUUGGGAAAGUGAUAUUAUGCAAUGUCAUUAUUAUUUUCAUGUUAUGUUAAUAUGUUCUUUUUCUUAUUAUUUGAGUGGGUUGCUUUGGGGGUGGGAGGGUUGGAAUUUGUUUUUGUUUAUUUUGAACUCUAACUCUCUAUGGGCAGAGAAGGCAUCUUGUCGAUCUGCCUUAAAUAGCUGCUAAUGGAGGUGGGGGAUAUUCAAACACUACAUCAAACCACUGACCUGUUUUAUUUUAGUGGCAUCCAGGGUAUUUGUGUGGCUCUGUCCCUGCUAAGUGUCUCUAUGUGAAGUACCAGUGAACUUUAAAAACACUGAAUUGUUUUUGAAUUAUUUUUUUUAUGAGCUUUCGAUUGGCAAGGGCUUUUUAAUCUCAUACAAAGACAAGAUGCUCAAAAUGACCGUAAGCUUUGGGGACUACCAUUUCCUGUUUAGCUGAAUGACAGUAUGGAGUGGUAUUGGCAUCAUGCAAAAAUAUAUAAAAAUAUUCCCGAUGUGAUCUUUUACGUCGUUUUUUUGCUCCUUAAAUUCUUCUGAUCCUAAUAUUGAUAUCAUGAUACGAUUUUAGAAUAAGAAGGGCUUCUUCCCUGACUCAUCAAGAGAGGGGCUGAAAGUUCACCAACCCCACAAACUAAUACCGGGUUAAAGCAAUGGCUUUUCUGUAUAAAUUGCGACCCUAGCUGUAACAAUCACCUUCAAAAUGAACUCAAAGUGAUAUUUCGAGUUUACAGCAAUCUAAAUAUUGGAGCUUUUAUAAUGAGAUUGAUCACACUUUUUGGUUACCCUUCUACUGUUUUGUAAUGCAUUGGGCACCCCCUCUGGGACACAAACCUGCCAUUCUGUAACACUAUGUAAGGAAUAUAUAUAUCUAAUUUGAAGUGUGUAUAUAUGUAUCUGUGUGUAUGUAUAUAGGAAUAUAUGUAUAAACACACGUGUAUAACUGUAUGUCAAGACAAGCGCACACCUGUGUACACUGAUGUGUAUUCAAUGCAUGUAUGUAGAUGUAGAGAUACAUAUGUGUAGGAUAUACACAGCCUUUGCCUCUCUGAUUUUAGCGUGAGAUUAUUGCACUGUCACAGGCAGUCUGUAUUUUGGGAACUGAUCACCUGAAAUGACGAUUUGGUCAGCACUGGGGCACACUGUAUUUUUUUUAUAUUUAGAUGUGGAGAUUUUGUAGCUAUAAAGCUUUUUUUUUUUUGCCUUAACUUUUGCCUCUGAUAUUCUGCUCACCAGCUGCCCUGUGUAUCCAAAGCCUUAAUUUUCCACUAGAACCUCACCCUAAUAUUAAUCCAGAGACCCUGCUGGAAUGCCUUCUGCCAAAUUAUGCCUUAUUCAAUAAAUCUGCCAAAAUCGCUUCUGUUUUUUUAUGUUGAUUAGUUUCCUCCUUCAUCUCACUAUGUUUUCAAACCGCUAAUGGAAUGCCUCCGUGUCUUCAAAGAGCAACACCUUGUCCUGCUCCAUGUUAUGGAACUCUGUUAAAGAUUGGGCAGCAACAGAAGGACCGUAUAGAUCCAGUCUGUGUGUAACGUACUGUACACCAAAUGAAGGGAAUGGACUUUGCUAUACAGCUCGAUAUAUUUCUAAGCACACACAGUAUUAUGAUGAAACCAACAUACGUAUUUUUAAUAGAUAAACCACCUGAACUGCCAUGUUUGGGUUGUUUACACAUCUUUUUUGUUAUGGAUAUUGCAUUGAGUUUGAUGGAGUGGGGUAUGUACUGUCAGUUUAUUGUUCUGCGGUUUAUUUGGUCGAAGCUGAGAAUUGUUGCAAAGAAAAUGGAUGGCAUGGGUCUAUAUAUAACAUGCAUCAGGAUAAGAAUCUAUAGCCAAUGUGCUCUUAUUGGCCCAUUAAUUCCUAUUUCCUUUUCAUUAGUUUCAAUAAAUUACCACUGACUGUAACCUG